AUGGAGUCGAUACGACACUUUGCCGACCCCCACCCGCUUGAGCAGACGCAGUACCGCCAUGACGAGGCUGGUCUGUGCAACAUCUGCCUGCUCAAACUCGCCGGGCUCCGCAGUCUCACCUACGGCCGCUACUCCUGCAACAUCCACCUCCACAGCGCGUGUGCCCGUUACUUCCCGGAGACCCUCUCCUGCUUCUUCGCGCAUCCGGCACACCCCCUGAAGCUCAGGCGCAGCCCUGGACGUCUCUGCGACAUCUGCAGAGGGGACUGCCCUCAAGGGAGCUUCGUGUACAACUGCACCGGCUGCGGCUUCGACGUGCACCCUCUCUGCUCGAUGCUCCCAGAGAGGGUUGCUAGCCCUUUCGAUCCAGACCAUCAGCUCUGUAUGUUCUCGUCAGAGUCGCCCGGGAGCUGCUCUGCCACCAUCCUUUAG